AGAGCCUUUCAUCUUUCUGUCCAAUCCUCAAGCGAGGUAGGGAAGCAACCGAUUGUGCGAUUGGUUAGAAGCUCGAGUUCUAUGGCCCCGCCCACUGCUUGGUUUGUGAAUGGGGCGAAGGGGUGGAGUUCCAUGGAAUACCAGAUUUACACAUACACGAAUAGAUAUAGAUAUAUAGCUAUAUAUUCAACGUCUUUUUUUUCCUCUCCUUUAUUUUUAUUCGGUUUUUUUUUUUUUUUUUGCUUCCAGGGUGGAUGUUGCUUGUUGCAACGGCAUCGAAUCUCUCCUGUUGCUGCUGGAGAGAGAGAGAGAGAUUUCAUCUGGCUUGCUUAAGGGCGCCGACGGGAUCUGGGACUAGCCGCGCUGCUGUUCAAAGGAUUUAGCCCCAUUGCUGGUCAAGGAGAUAAAGGAGUGAUUGGAUUUAUUUAACAACGAAACAACAAAACAACAACAACACCCCACUCCUCAAUUAAAGACCGUCUGAAAACGGAGAAGCCACAGUAAGCCGAAUUCUGGAAUUCCCGAACUUUGGAGGGGUUGAACACAAGCCAGCUGGGGAGUGGAGCCAGUUCCUGCGCUCGAACUUGGGAACGAUCCUCCCACCCACCUACCCAACCUACCUACCCCUCCUCCGUCCCAAGAUUCCUUGGCGGCCGACCGACGCCGUUGCAAAGACCUUUCUCUCCUCGGUGGAAGAAGAGAACCUCGGGAGUAGCGUUGCGCCUUGCAAGCCUAGCAAGGAAUUACCAUUCAGCCCUUGGCGAGCGAUCAACGAAGGGAGCCGGUUUGGCGAGCGAUCCCGCCUCUUUCACCUCCUCCACCCGAGAGAAGCCUUGCUUGGGAAGAGCCUUGUGCCGCCGCGUCAAGCUUUUUUGGCCGCUGGCCCUCUCGGGGGCUCUGGGCUGGGCGCCGCCGAUGCGUCGAGACUCCAGCGGCUCUGGGCUGUGAAAGAGAGCCGCUUGCUCUCCGCUUGCUCUCCAGUCGUUCCUUUCCUCGCCGAUCAUGGAUCGCGGAGCCGGAGCGCCGAGGACGGCCGCUGCUUCCUUGGGCCUGGCUGUUUUCCUGGGCGUCCUGUGCGGGAUUCCCCGGGGCUCCGCCGCUCAGUCUUACCACGGGGAGAAAGGGAUUUCUGUCCCGGAUCACGGCUUCUGCCAGCCCAUUUCCAUCCCUCUCUGCACGGACAUCGCCUACAACCAGACCAUCCUGCCUAACCUCCUGGGCCACACCAACCAAGAAGACGCCGGGCUGGAAGUCCACCAGUUCUACCCGCUGGUCAAAGUCCAGUGCUCGCCGGAGCUCCGCUUCUUCCUUUGCUCCAUGUACGCGCCCGUCUGCACCGUCUUGGAGCAGGCCAUCCCGCCCUGCCGAUCCCUCUGCGAGCGAGCCCGCCAGGGCUGCGAGGCCCUGAUGAACAAGUUCGGCUUCCAGUGGCCCGAGCGGCUCCGCUGCGAGAAUUUCCCCAUGCACGGCGCAGGUGAGAUCUGCGUGGGCCAGAAUACUUCGGACACUUCGGGAGGAGGAGGAGGGAGCCCCGAAAGCGCCACCGUCUUCCCCACCCCGUACCUGCCCCAUCCUACUUAUCACCCGCAGCGCCCCACCAACUCCGGCUUCUCCUGCCCGCGCCAGCUCAAAGUCCCCCCGUACCUGGGCUACCGCUUUUUGGGCGAGAGAGACUGCGGUGCCCCUUGCGAACCAGAACUCCCCAACGGGUUGAUGUACUUCAAGGAAGCCGAGGUUCACUUUGCCCGCCUCUUGGUGGGCAUCUGGUCAAUCCUGUGCUGUGCUUCCACCCUCUUCACGGUCCUGACCUACCUGGUGGACAUGAGACGUUUCAGCUACCCUGAGCGGCCCAUCAUCUUCCUCUCCGGCUGCUAUUUCAUGGUGGCCGUGGCUUACGUGGCUGGCUUCCUGCUGGAGGACAAAGUGGUCUGCGUGGAAGGCUUCUCGGAAGACGGCUACCGCACUGUGGUUCAGGGCACCAAGAAAGAAGGGUGCACCAUCCUCUUCAUGAUCCUCUACUUCUUCGGCAUGGCCAGCUCCAUCUGGUGGGUGAUCCUCUCCCUCACCUGGUUCCUUGCGGCUGGCAUGAAGUGGGGCCACGAGGCCAUUGAAGCCAAUUCCCAGUAUUUCCACCUGGCUGCCUGGGCCGUGCCUGCCAUCAAGACCAUCACCAUCUUAGCCAUGGGGCAGGUCGAUGGGGAUGUGCUCAGUGGAGUCUGUUACGUGGGCAUCUACAGCGUCGACGCAUUGCGGGGCUUUGUCUUGGCCCCACUCUUUGUCUACCUCUUCAUUGGCACCUCCUUCCUCCUGGCUGGCUUCGUGUCCCUCUUCCGUAUACGGACCAUCAUGAAACACGAUGGCACCAAAACCGAGAAGCUGGAGAAGCUGAUGGUGAGGAUUGGCAUUUUCAGCGUCCUCUACACUGUGCCUGCCACUAUUGUGUUGGCUUGCUACUUCUACGAGCAGGCCUUCCGGGACACGUGGGAGAAAACCUGGCUCCUGCAGAACUGCAAAAGCUAUGCCAUCGCUUGCCCCACCAACGUUGCCCCGAUGAGCCCCGACUUCACUGUCUUUUUGAUCAAAUAUCUCAUGACCAUGAUUGUGGGCAUCACAACUGGCUUCUGGAUUUGGACUGGCAAAACUCUCCAAUCUUGGAGGCGCUUUUACCACAGACUCAGCACAGGAAGCAAAGGAGAGACUGCCGUAUGAGGCUCCCCUUGGCCUCUUCUCUCCCCUUGUAUGGCAAGGAACAAGGGCUUGGACCGUUGUUCCUUCAGACUAACUUUGCUUCUCACCGAGAGACUCCUCCGCCUCCAGGCUGUGUUUCGGGGCAGUAAAUAUCCUAGGAGAAUUUGCUUAUUCCCUCACUCUGGCCUUCUCACUUUCUAAAUGGUUCUGCAGUAUCUGUUUAGAGUAUCUGGCAUAGUGCCGAGAAGGGAAGUUUGGGGCAAACAGAAAAGCAAGCUACCUUUUUUUACCGCGUGAUUGGUGCCAAAUCAGACCCCCCUCCCCCAAAUCAGAAUCUUAGUUUACAGCCUUUCCAAAGUUAUCCAGGAAAGCUCUGAGAAGGGAUAGAGUGUGUCUGGGUGUGAGUGCACCCUCGUGCCUGUGUGUGCAUGUUCAUUCCUUUAAAAACAGGAAAUUGGGGGGUUCCUCCACAUUGUAGCAGUGCAGUCAACUGUAAACCUAUUUGGAAGUUUUAAACUCCACAGGAUUCAAUGGGACUUACUCCCAAGUAAAGGCGUAAUGGUUUCCAGCUAUGCAAACUUGCCUUGGGAGCAAGUUAACCUCACACUUAGUUGAGCUUAACUUCGGAAUCCUUGGUGCAUGGGCUUGGCUAGGCUGUAAGGAAAAUUCUGCUUCCAGUUUUUAAAAGUUUUCUUCCUGUCUGAUUCGGGCUUUGGCAAGAGAGUCUUGCUGAGAUUUUAGGGAGGAGCAGGGGGGGGGGGGGAAGGGAGGAAAGAAACGGGUCUGAAAAAGAAGUGACAUGUUGAUUUUUGAUAGAAUGGCUUUAACUCCCUUGCCUUUUGUUAGAGGAGACAAAGGAGAAACAAAAGUGGGUUUCUCUGCAGCAAAGUGCAAGCCAGGGGUUUGGUUUUUAUGGGGAAACUUAACAAAGAAUUUGUUGAGGUUCAGCUAGAGCUGCAGUUCUUUAUCAUCUUUUUGUGAACACAAGGGAAAGGGUUUUCAGGGAGUCCCAGCGUAACUGGAGAAAAGCUGAGGUUGCCUCUCUUUCCCCUCCCCAACUCUUUUUUUUUUCAGAACAACUAACAAAACAGCCAAUAAUCAAACAAGCCGUUUAAAGCAUCUGUAAGGUUUUAUAGUCACAAAGUUAAGAGUUGGUUUCCCUGGCUGAUCAUUUGUAUCCCCCUUUGAUUUGUAAAAGGGGCAGAGAGAAGGACCUAGAAACAGAGAAAAAGGAGGAAAAUAUAUUUUGCAGUCCUGGUCCAAUCAGGGAGGCAUCUCAGUGCUCCCCCUCAAUAUGCUCCUAGAUUCCCUUGAAACCAGUAGAUUAUUAAAAUUGUGGCCUUCGUUGGGAAUCAGUUUCUUGCAGAUGUUUACAUGGACUUGGAAGUGCUACUACUUCAUUAGUGGAGGCAUUUAGGAAUACAGCCUUAACUCUUCAACAAAAGAUUGCCUUGAUUAAGGCUGAAGUCCUAUGCUGAUGUACCUGGGAAAAGACCCCAUUCUAUCCUGCAUCCAGUUCAGAUUUCAAGGAUUGCGACUUGCCACCCAUUUAGGCCCCUGGCAGCACACAAUCACUCUGUUGAAAGUGCUACAACACGUCUGUCUAGAAAAGGUCCUGUGGAAUUCAGUGGAAUCUGCUUUCCGAUAAAGAUAGGCUUUUUCAGCUUAAGGAAAUGCUGGAAUUAAUGUGUCUUGUUCAUAAACUAUGUGUUUAUUUUUUCAAGGUUCCCCGCAUUCCUUUCUUGAAUGAUCCGGCCUAUAUUAAAUACGUCUGAAGUUAAACAUCAUUAUAUAUAACAUUUCCUCGAAGAGCCCACUGUUGGAAAUAAAUUGAUUUCAGAAGCCUUUCUGAAAUGCUACAUUUCACAAGCUAGCUUUUUUGGAAAUGUAAGGGGGUUCUAUUUAAUUUUACCCAAUAUACUAAUUGGAGAACUGGGGGCUUUUAAGAAGUCAUACUUGGAUUUCCCCUUCCUUCUCCAGAAUGCAUCAAUAUAUAUUUUUUAAUGAAUGGAUACCUUUACAAAAUAUUACCACUAUUAAGAAAUGUAGAAUUGGCAAGGAAGGGAGAAAAGAAUUUCAGGUACAAUACUGGGGAAUAAACAGCAAGAAAAAUGUUCCAUUGAUUCAUUUGUAAUAUCUGAUCUUCCUGGUUCUGAUAUUCUGGUUUGUUUGGGAAUUUUUAAAAAUGAGCAUAAGACAAGCUAGAAAUGCAUAAUGUACAUUUUGUAAAUCUUGACAUUUCGUAAGAAAAUAUAUAUGUAUUUAUGUUUUUACUUAACUUUUUUUUGUUUUCAAAAUUCCCGUGUAAGACGCAUUUCUUGUAUAUGUACAAGAUACAAAAAUAAAUGGAUUUUUAAUAUAA